AUCCAACAUAAAUAAUUCGAUACAUCGUCAGUAUGUUACGAAAAAUGUCAAUUACUGUGAAAUAUAGAAAGGUGUCGCAGCUGUACAGUAACUACAUGGAACGAAAAACGCUAGUCACGCAACAGGAAAUACCCAACAAAGAACUCCAAUUUCCGAGCGUUACGACCUGUGUCGACUUCUGGACAAACAAAACUCGCUUGUGUGAACUGUACCCCAAAAAUUGCACAAAAAAGGCUAUGACAAUCGUUAUGUACGCCUUCUUUCAGCAAAGUAUUCGGCCAGAGCUUCGCUCCGAGACUGCUUUCUCUCCGAACGAGCUGUAUAGAUGUCGCCUUUCAUCGUGUGAUCCUGAGUGUCACGAAACUGUGGACUGUACACCAUUUCUACAAAUGACUACAUUCAGACGCCCUCUGCAGAUGUGCUACACGUUAGAUAUUCAUCGCUAUGGGCCACUGCUCAAUUGUGGCCACCCUUCGACUUACGAAUUGGAGCUAUUUGGACAGAUGCGUCCAGAGCGUACUAUGGAAUUGGUCCGUACGGACCGUAUACCCUUAAUCGUCCUAGAAAGCGGUGUUGUUCCUAUGACAGAGAGCGUUCAAAUCGAUCUUCGGAGAGGCUUUCGUCACACGAUAGCUCUAAAACAGCAGGUGGUGGAGGGUGUGCCUCUUCCCUACAACUUCGCUUGUGUCGAUUACAGGACAAUGGGACCGCAGGAUUUCUUCAACGGCGGCAUUCAUACGAUGGAGUCUUGCCUUCAAGAAUGCGUCAUUUCGGUCGAGCUAGAAAUGUGCAAUUGCUUGUCUUAUGGCCAUGAAUUCAUUGCGAACUAUGCACCCCACUAUACUAUCUGCUCGGACGCCUCAAAGGGCAUCGAAUACUGUAGAGAUCUCGUGGUCAAAUCGUUAAAGUACAAACAUUGUUUGGAGAAAUGCCGCGCAUCAUGCCGCGAACUUCGGUACGAUCUCCGUCUGGCAAGAAUAUCCGAGAUGCGCGAGUUCCCACCACGACAACGGGAUUUUUCAUUUGAGGUCACGCUUAGGUUUGCCACCAACAGGGUUGAGCACCUGAAAUAUCAUCCUUUUGUUACGUACGAGAGUGUCGUAGCGUGUCUUGGAGGGAGUUUUGGUGCGUGCAUUGGCAUACCGUUGGUGACCGUGGCUCUGCGGAGCAUUGAGCCGAUGCUCUCACUAAUUAAGAGAUUACGCCAAACGUUCAGCAAAUAGUGAACAUUCACCAAAAAUUCGCUCGAAUCGAGCGAAGGAAGCUGCAAGAUUGAUAUUACGGCUUUUGUAACCUGUUUCAUUGCUCCCCCAAAAAACUGGAGUUAUCGCCUCUGUCGCUUUGUUGUUUACACAAUGCAACAUCUAUUGUUUGAUUAGAAGGGUUGUAACUUAUCUACACUUGCUAAAAUGGUUAGGUGACGGGGAGAAGCGUAUAGCGGAAAUGGGCACCGUCUGUGUUGUUCCCAGCGAAACCUUCUUUUUAUGUUCAUUUACCAGUCUACAUUCAUAAUUGAUUUUGGAGUAGAAUUAUAUGUGAACGAAACACGAAAUUGUUGUAUACAUAGUUCGCAUUAUCGUAUUCUAUUAUAUAUUGCUUUCAACAGAUCAGUAACAAGGAAGAACAACGAAAAACAAGAACUGCAGUUAGCAAAUACAUAUGGUGUGUAUAUAGCCCAUUAGUAUCGAACAACCGUACUUAGGUGUGUACAUACACGCACUUGAGGUAGUUUUUUUAUUUUGUACGCUUUGUGUGAUUUUUUAUGUGGCUACAGUUUGCACAUCGACCACUUUUAAGGGACAAGAAAAAGGGCUAGGCCAUUUUC